UUCAGGAAAGAGAAAAGAUCCUACUUGCUGUGGAAAAUGGAUCGGAAAGGGGGAAGAAUUGGGAGCCUACGUAGGAAAGUGUUGCAGGAGCCCCGGCAGGUAACUUUCAGUUGGGUGCACGGGGCCAACCAGAAGCCUGACGGCCCAGGAGGCUGGAGGGAGACCUGAGCUGGGAGAAGGAAGGCCCUCCUGGAAGGGAUGGCAGAGGACAGCGCCAUGGAGACCAGAGCCCAGGAAGGCAGGAAGGGCCUCCCGCACAGGGACGUGCCCCCGGGCCUGGGGCUGCUGCUGGCCAUGGCCCUCAUGAAUGCCCUCCUCUACCUCUGCCUUGACCGGCUCUUCAUCUCCCCCCGCCGCACCGAGGACCCUGGGCGCUGUCCCCACGGCCACUUCCGGGUGGGGCAGAUGAGCAGCUGCUCCCCGUGGCUGAGCUGUGAGCAGCUGAGGACCGAGGUCCGGCAGCUGAGACGCGUCGGGGAAGGCGCCGUGAAGAGGGUGUUUCUGUCUGAGUGGAAGGAACGCAAGGUCGCCCUCUCGCGGCUCACUAGGCUGGACGUGAGAGACGACUUCCUGCACGGACUGCGGAUGCUGAAGUCGCUGCAGGGCCAGCACGUGGUCACGCUGCUUGGCUACUGUGAGGACGACCACACCAUCCUCACCGAGUAUCACCCCUUGGGCUCCCUGAACAACCUGGAGGAGACGCUGAACCUGUCCAGGUACCAGCGCCUGAACACGUGGCAGCACCGUCUGCAGCUGGCCGUGGACUACGUGAGCAUCCUCAGCUUCCUGCACCGCAGCCCGCUGGGCACGCUGGUCAUGUGCGACUCCAGCGACCUGCCCAAGACGCUGUCCCAGUACCUGCUGACCGCCAACUUCAGCGUCGUGCUCAACGACCUGGACGCUCUGCCGCUGGUGAACCGCAGCUCGGGGGCCCUGGCCAAGUGCGGCCACAGGGAGCUCCGUGGGGAUUUUGUGGCUCCGGAGCAGCUGUGGCCCUACGGACAGGACGUGCCUUUUCGCGACGAUCUCAUGCCCGCGUAUGACGAGAAGGUCGACAUCUGGAAGAUUCCGGACGUGACCAGCUUCCUGCUGGGGCACGUGGAAGGCAGCGACAUGGUCCGAUUCCACUUGUUUGACAUUCACCAGGCGUGUAAGAGCCAGACGCCUGCCGAGAGACCCACCGCUCAGGACGUCCUGGACGCUUACCAGAAGGUUUUGGGUCUUCUCAGAGACUCCGGGAUGUCUCAUACCAGGGAGAUGCUGUGAAGACCCGCGCAGCCGUGGGGGCCGGGGGGCGGGGAGCUGGGAGGUGCGGAGCAGGGGCGUGGCUGCAGCAGUGCCGCUCUCCCGGGGGUGCCCUUCCUCUCCGUCCACUUGCGCGUGUGAUGCGCCCCCGCUCCUGGCUGCCUGGGCCGGAAGUGCCGAUGCAGAGAAGUGUCUGAAGGACGUAGCAAGAACGGAGCCACGGAGAGCCUUCUAGCCGCUAGUAAUUGGGUUUGCUAACUGGUCAGAAAUGUGUGUAGAGAAGGUGUAAAUUAAUUUGUUUUUAAAGUGGAGGGACUGGGGAUUGAACCCAGGAUCUUGUGCAUGCUAAUUACGCACUCUACCGCUGGGCUGUACCCUCCCCUGGAGAAGGGUUAAAAUUGCAGUGUGCGGAAGACACACCGUACUUCUCCACAGUCAGGUGGAGUGUUUGUGGUGUAUUUCACCCGGGCUGAUGACGUCAUCUCUCCCGUUUUAAAUGGUGGUUCUGUGAAGCUCCUGUGUGUUCACUUCCCGGGAGCUGGCACGUCCUUUGACAUUCUGAGUUAUUAAGUAUGAUGGAAAUUAUCGUCCUGUCGCUGCCUUGGGUGGUGCUUGAGAGAUUCCCGUUUACCUUCCUGCUGGAUUUCCUGUGUCCAAAAUUAAUUAUUAUGAAUAUCUCACAUAAACAGUGUCACUCAUUACUGGGAAAUGUCAAGCCCUUCCACUUGAGUCGCAUGACUGAAUCCUUUAGAAGCUCUUUCCGUGGUCACUGUCGUCCCUGUUGGCAGGGGAUGAGGGUUUGUACAUGUUCAUCGUCACCAACAAGAGAUGAAAGCUGACAUAAGGGGCAGAGACGUGAUGCAGCCGACUGCCUUCCCUGCACUUUCUCAGGCGUCACGGUCACUCGAAUCCCAGGGAGCUCCCCGAUUGUCUCCCCAAGGCUCAGACUCGGCCGGUCUGGGCGGAGUCCAAUACUUUGCAUUUCUCACUGGUUCCCAGGUGAUGCUGGUGCUGCCGGUCUGGGGAUCACAUUUUGAGAACCACCAUCCUGACCUGUCAGGGAGGGCAGCCCAGGCAGCAGGGUUGGGGUAUUAUCAGCAUUAGCCCUAUUCUUCUGCCUGAGGUUGAUUGGGUCCUAUGGGUCCUACGGUUGAUCAGAGAAAACAUUUGCCCAGAGUAUAUUAACAGUUGCCUUUUUGUUAUAAAAACACUGCCAGAACCCACUAGGAUGGCUGUUGUCACAAGGUUGGACAAUAACAAGUGUUGGCAAGGAUGCAGAGAAUUGGAACCCUCAUACACUGCUGGCGGGAGUGUAAAAUGGUGCAGCUGCUUUGGAAAGCAGUCUGGCAGUUCCUCAAAAAGUUGAAAAUAGUUACCACAACCCCCCAGUAUUUAUCUAAGAGAAUUGAAAACAUGUCCACAAAAACCCUGUAUAGGAAUGUUUAUCACUUUAUUAUUCAUGAGAGACAAAAGAUGAAAGUAACCCAGAUAUCCACCAGCUGGUGAACGGAUAAAGGAAAUGUGGUCCAUCCAUAUGAUGAGAUAUCACUCAGCCAUGAAAAGGAAUGAAGUACGAACGUGCUCCAACAUGGAUGAGCGUGCUAAGUGAAAGCAGCCGUCACGAAAGACCGCAUGUUGGAUGAUCCCCUUUAUAUGAAAUGUCCAGAAUCAAACCCACAGAAACAGAAAGUAGAUUAGUGGUCUCCAGGGGCUGGCAGAGGGUUGGGGCUGAAGAAGUGGUAAUGCUUGCUAAUGGGUACAGGCCUUCUUUUGGGGGUGAUGGUUACACAACUCUGUGAAUAUACUGAAUAAGACUCAAUUGUAUAAAAAGGGAAAAUUUCAUGGUAUGUGAAUUAUAUCUCAGUAAAGCUGCAAAAACUCCCACCUCUCCCACAGACCACGUAUCAUGAUCCUUUUCUCUUGAUGUGGUAGUUUCUGUGUGUGGAGUUGUUGAUUUGAUACUACCCUGUUCAUGGUGUAAUUCAGGUUUGAGGGGUUUUCUUAGGUUUUGGACUUUGCACUGGAGCCAAACUUUCAGUUUCAAACGAAUGUGUUUUUAAAUACUGAUGAUGGAGCCAAAGUGAAUGGCAUGGUAUAGGGGAAGGGACCCUGUGCCGGGAUCAGAAGAUCUGAGUUACAGUCCCAGCUCCGCCUCUGAUUCAUUGUGUGGCCUCCAACAAACAGAUUUCUAAAAUGAGAGGGUUGGUGAGAGGCACGUCCAGCUUCUGCUCUGCUUCUGAGUUCUCCCUGAUGCUUUAUCACGCCAGUGCCAACACCAAACUGGACCUGGCCCUUUGGGUUCAGUCUUUAGCUUGUGCUCAGAUAUAAUUCAGUACUAACAGAACUGCAGAGUCCUAAGAGAAACUUACCUUCUAACUAAAACCUAAAUGGGAAGUUCAUUGUCCACGUGUCCAGCAAAAGUGUAAUCAGGAGAAGAGGCAGAUGAGGUGAACCAGCCCCAAGAACUGGUGCUCACCCUGCUAACCUUAUUCCAAGUAUUUAAAAAA